CCCACUGUUCGCGUGAAAGUCAAAUACGACUCCGUCUGCUACGAGAUCUAUCUCAGCUCGCAGUCCACAUUCGGGGAGCUGAAGAAGCUGUUGGCGGAGAGGACGGGGGUUCACUGGGAGGAGCAGAAGAUACUGUAUAAGGAGAGGGAGAGGGAGGGGAGGGAGUUCUUGGAUGUGUGCGGAGUGAAGGACAAGUCGAAGAUGGUGAUGGGAGCUGAAGAAGCUGUUGGCGGACGGAGGACGGGGUUCACUGGGAGGAGCGAGAAGGAUACUGUAGGUAGAGGAGAGGGACGAGGAGGGAGGGAGUUCUUGGGAUGUGUGCGGAGUGGAAGACAAAGUUCGAAGAUGGUGAUUGGUGUGGUGACCCACCGCAGUGCAGCGGUCUCUGAUGUGGAAUCAACAAUCUCUAAAGGGAAGAAGGUAGCUGACGAAGAUUUAUCAAGUCUAAUCGAGCAACUAAUGACACAAUUAGUAAAAUUAGAUGCCAUUGUUGCUGAAGGGGACCUAAAGCUACAGAAAAGAGUGCAGAUAAGAAGAAUACAGAAGUACGUGGAAACACUCGAUUUGCUUAAAAUCAAGAAUGCGAAGACAUCAACAAUUAAGCCACAAUUGCAACAUAAUCAGCGUCAGAAUAAGCAACAAGCAUCAAUUGUGGUUACAGCAGAGUGGGAGAUGUUUGAUUCUUUGUUUGGACCCUCGACCUCCGCCUCCUCAUCCGCCGGUACCUCCUCAUCCUCAUCCACCAGUGCACCCCCAAGAUCUGAUUGGGAGUUGUUUUGAGUACAUAGUCCAAAUGUGUUUUUUUAUAGAUUUUAUUGGACAAUCAUUGGCUUUGUUAUUCUUUUUAUGUGUGAAUAUUUACUUGAAUUAGAGUGGAGAGAGGAGGAAAGGAAUAAGUCCUUAAAUUCAUCACGACAUAUAAAUUUUGGUUGGGGCUUUGGAAGUGUGGGAAAGCAUGUGAUGUGUCAAGUUGUAUGAUUGAUUGCAAUGCAAAAGAAUAGAGAUGAAAGAAACAGGAGUUGGUGAGUAGUGGUAUCUCUAAAGAUGUCGAAUCGUUUAUCGUGCGAUUACUAUAAGGUAACGACUUCCUUUUAUUUUUGUUA